CCGCUCCAAGUUGUACAUGUGAGGCGCCAAAUCGGCUCUUAUCAAUAGAUACACUGUUGCACGGAAACCGAGAGAAGUGCUGCAAUCCGACGGCCAGCACUUUAGUCCCCGGCCCUGCAACCCUCACAGCGUCAUGCAGAACUUCUUUUUUGUUUUUUCCCCAAGAAUCUGAAUCUCUCAUGCAAAGGCAAUUGAAUUCAAAAGUAUCUCUUACGUUUCUAGACAAGGGACGAAAAAGGAUUCAUGGACUUUGCCAUAAAGAAGGAGAUCAUCGAGACCUUGCCUACCCCCGAACCGAAUCGAGGGAACGACAGCGUUUCUAAGGGGCCUCCAGUGUUGAUCGAACUCAGCAGCAGCAGCAGCAGUAGCAGUAGCAGUGAUUCCGACUCUGACUCGGAUGACGGGAACAAUGCCAACGCUGCAGUUUCCCCGGGAACUAGGCUUUCUUCAACCGGCAACGGAAUUUCCAAGAAGAAGAGGAAGCUUGAUGAGUUGGGAGUCGUGUUGCCAGUGGGGUUUCUAGCUCCCCUUUCUCCGGUUGCGGUGGCCUUGGCGCCAUCGCAUUCCGCGGUGAUUUCGAAUAUGGAUUUGACUCCGACCUCAACUCCGGCGGCGUUGGCGCCAUCGGGGAAUGGGGAUGUGAGUUUAACUGGUCACAGUUGUAAACAGUUUUGGAAAGCUGGAGACUAUGGGGGUGCGCCUUCCGGUGAUUGGGAUUUAUCUUCGGGUGGGAUGGAUCAUGUCAGGGUUCAUCCUAAAUUUUUACAUUCCAAUGCAACCAGUCAUAAGUGGGCUCUUGGAGCAUUUGCGGAACUUUUAGACAACUCAUUGGAUGAGGUUUGCAAUGGAGCAACAUAUGUUAAUAUUGAUAUGCUUGAAAGUAGGAAGAACGGAAGCAGAAUGCUUUUGAUUGAAGAUAAUGGUGGUGGAAUGGAUCCUGAUAAAAUGCGACAAUGCAUGUCCUUGGGUUAUUCUGCAAAAAGCAAAGUGGCUAACACCAUUGGACAGUAUGGCAAUGGAUUUAAGACUAGCACCAUGAGGCUUGGAGCAGAUGUUAUUGUAUUCUCACGUUGCCAUGGGAAAGAUGGAAAAAGUCCUACGCAGAGCAUUGGAUUACUGUCAUACACUUUCCUGAGGAGUACAGGAAAAGAAGAUAUUGUGGUACCCAUGCUUGACUAUGAAAGAAAAGGGGGAGAAUGGAACAAGAUGACACGAGUCUCUAUUGGUGAUUGGAACAGAAAUGCACAAACAAUAGUUCAAUGGUCCCCAUUUUCUAGUGAGGCAGACCUCCUUCAUCAGUUCAAUCCGAUGUCAGAUCAUGGGACAAGAAUAAUAAUCUACAAUCUUUGGGAGGAUGAUCAAGGAUUAUUGGAGCUUGAUUUUGACACUGAUCCUCAUGAUAUCCAACUUCGAGGUGUCAAUCGAGAUGAGAAGAAUAUACAGAUGGCAAGAGAGUUUCCAAACUCCAGGCACUUCCUGACUUAUAGGCACUCAUUAAGGAGUUAUACUUCAAUUCUUUACUUGAGACCCCCUCCUGGCUUUCGAAUCAUUCUUCGUGGACAAGAUGUUGAGCACCACAAUAUAGUGAAUGAUAUGAUGUUGUCUCAAGAGAUAACUUACCGGCCACAGCAUGGUGCUGAUGGGGUCUCAAAAGAUUCAAAUAUGGCAGCUAUUGUGACUGUUGGCUUUGUGAAGGAUGCGAAAUAUCAUAUUGAUGUUCAAGGUUUCAAUGUUUAUCACAAAAAUAGACUCAUUAAGCCAUUUUGGAGGCUUUGGAAUGCAGCUGGAAGUGAUGGCCGUGGAGUUAUAGGUGUGCUGGAAGCAAAUUUCGUUGAACCAGCUCAUGAUAAGCAGGGAUUUGAACGUACAACAGUUCUUGCUAGACUUGAGGGUCGGCUUGUACAAAUGCAAAAGAGUUACUGGUCCACUUACUGUCACAAAAUUGGAUAUGCUCCGCGGCGAAAUAAGAAACUCAUAAAUGAAAGUGCAGCUGAAGGAUCAUCUCCUGACGAUUCACACAUAUCUUCUCAAUCUAAGAAGCAUACUGCCUUUACUGGCAAGGGAUCUUCACAUUCAGCCAAAUUCUUUUCUCAUGUUCAUGUAAACCAAAAAGGAGGCAAGGGAUCCCAAAGCUUUGCAAGAAAUGGGGACCUUGGCUAUGGGAAUGGACAUGGACCAAGCAAAGGAAGUGACAAAAAAAAGUCACCAGCCAACUCUAGUAGAAACAUGAAGUCGUUUGAAUCAUCAUGUUUAGAAGAUGUCAGUGAUGAUGACUAUGUGCAUUUUGCCCAUCCUACUAGAGAAUAUGGGUUGCGGACGGCUCGGUCAUCUUCUUGCUUUGAAGAUUCCUCUCAGCGAGCAGUCACACGAUCCAAGUCAAAGGCAGGUGAUGUUGAUCACAGUCAACUUGCCCUUUCAGAAUCAGAUUUAUGCACUAUUGAUCAGCUGAAGCAAGAGAACCAAAAGCUGAAGGAAAGAUUAGAGAAAAGGGAAGCAGAGUUUCGAGGUGAAUUGAGGCAUGGUUUGCAGUGUGAUAAGUGUAAAUCGCUCGAGAUGCAGCAACCAUUUUAUUUUACUGUACCACAAAAAAAAGGAAAAAAGUUAAAGGAAGCACAGCAAAAAAUUGAGGAAUUGAACAAGGAACAAGAAAGUCUUAUUGAUAUUUUUUCGGAGGAGAGGGACCGACGUGACCUAGAAGAGGAAAAUUUGAGGAAAAAGUUGAAGGAUGCUUCCAAUACUAUCCAAGAGUUGCUUGACAAGGUGAGGCUGUUGGAAAAGAUGAAAUAUCCUAACUAACAAAGCAGAAUGAUCAGAGCACAUUAAAUUAACAGCACUUUUGCUUCCUUUUUCCUGGAGGACUGUAAAGGCACCUGGUUUUCAUGACUUCACUAGACAUAGGCUUUUGAACAUUGCUAAGUUAGGUGUAGAAUUGUUCAUUGAAUGUUCUCUAGCAUUGGGCUCUCGUCAACUACUCCCCCGUAAUUUUGUUUCAAGUAGAUGUGAAAAAUGAGAAGGUGCAGGGAUCUGAGCUGCUGGAUCAGAGUAUUGAACUGCAGAGUCCCUUACAAUUGCCAAAUUUUGGAUUAGAGUGGCGCUUCUGUGAUUUUUGUGGAACUGUAGCCGUUAGCAUGCUAGUGGGGAGUACCAUUGGUACUAACCGUCUAACCUGCCAGUUGUGUAUAUAAAUGCAAUCUUCGGGCAUAAUUAAUUCGGCCUCGGUUGGAGUUGGGCCUGUGAUUGGUCAACGGUUCAAGGGCCUCGGGAAUAGCAAGGGCUGGGUUCAGUUUUUCUCCUCCAAAAUCGUGAACCAGUGACCGCCCGAAUCGAAAUGAAACCAAUCAUAACUGCUAGGAAGUGGAUGGGGCUGAACUGCCCCGUGGCUUGGAUCAAGUUCAUAUCCUCCACAGAGCAGAAUUGGCCACACGCGGACCGGGUAUAAUUUUCCCUUAGUGGUCAUGCCGGAUUGCGUCUUGACUUGUUAGAAACUAGCGUUGUUACCAAACUUCUUUGUAUAUGAUGAUAUUCAUUAUUAGGUUCUUAUUUCUCACGCA